UAGGAAGUGUAUUUACUUUAUUGUACUUAAUGCAAAAUGGCGGAACGUAAUACUACGAAAAGUUAAAAGCUCGGAACAUUUUCAAGGAUUUCCUGUAUAUAAAGAACAACAAAAACAGCAAGAAUUACAGAAUGGACAAUACUGAGGAUUCGACAGUUAACAGGCGCGAGGAAGAUUGUUUGACACAUGUUGAUGGAAAUAAUCAUGAUCUAACUUCUGACUCCAGUUUACCUGUACAAAUAAAAGAAAUACAAAUGCAGAUGUCAGAUACUGUACCAGUAGAAUCUAAACCAAGACUAGAUGGAAAAAACCUUCAAACGGAAAAUGCCGAGUUGUUAGCAGAUAUAGUUAGACUGUGUGAAAUAUCUGACCCUAAGAAUACCGAGGUUAUACUUCUUCUAGGUAAAACAGGUGCAGGUAAAAGUGCUAUUGUAAACACCAUUUACAAUGUUCUCACAGGAAAUUAUCACAAGAUAGCCAAACAAGGUGCUGGAAAAGCGCAAUCUGUUACCAUGGAAGUGAACAGAUUUGACAACUGCGGUAUUUCAAAACAAACUUUAGCAGCAAUCAAGGAUGAAACUAGGAGGGAUACAAUCAGCACAAUCUUACCAAACUUACCACAUAUAAUCGACUGUGCCGGUCUAGGGGACGAGAACUCUCCUGCAAUUCGUGAAAUAUUAGAGCUUCUAGUAGGCGGAUACAUUCCACCUGACACACUUAUAGAAGCUAUGCAGGAAAAACAGAAAGAAUUGGGUGUUGGAAGUCUUAAACUUAUAUUUCCUGAAGCAUCUCAGGCUUUGAAAGUAUCGAAAAUUGUCUUCGUUCAGAGCGCCACUGACAGUAUGCCCAAAAAUCUUCUUGAGUGUUUAACUAGUGUUCUUCGAGCAAUGGACCGCGCUAAAAUGAAGAGGAAGUACACGGCUGAGAUUUUUCUUGUGAUCACAAAAUUUGACUUGGUUAGAGAUAACAAUCUUUCGUUGAAACUGUCUGGAGACUAUGAACCAUACGAUGAAAAAGACCAUUUGAUGUUGGAUAUUGACCAAUUCAAAAUAUUUGAAAAAGACCUAGCAUAUGAACUAAAUAUGAUUGGAGCCUUGGAUAUGGAUACAAUUCGUUGGAUCAGCUUUACUGAUAGAAUAACAGAAGACAACCUGUGUAUUAAUUUUAAUGCACUGAAGUUCCUUAGACGAAUGAUUGAGCCAAGUCCGACAAAAAACAAAUUUGAAUCGCUGGUCCUCCCUUUUUCCAAGUACAUUGCAAUAUACAUUUAUAUGUUCGUAAAAAACAUCCGCAAUGCGAUUCAGCUAGCGUUGAUUGUUGCUAUAAUUGUUGUUGUGAUAGGUGUUUUGUUUAUGUUGCUCACAGCUCGUAUUUAAACUUUUGUACUUAGAUUAUUUGAUAUGUUGUAUAGUGGGUCUCAAAUCUUAUAGCUUGAGGCUAACAAUAUGUUGACAUUGGGAUUCAGGUGUAUCUAGUAAAAAACUUGAAACAAAACCCUAUCUGAAACCACUUAGGCUUGAGUGUAGAUACCAAGUUUGUUCAAAUGUAAGCCCUUUGGUCACAACUAAAGCUUAGAUAUUUGGCAUGAAAAAUAUCUUGGUCUUUCAAAUAUGUUCAAAUUAUAGACCUUGGGUUAAAAUAAGUUUCCUGCGGAUCGGUGCCAUGUCUAGUAACCUUCAUUUGUGUAAAUUGUGCCUAUUUGAAUAUGCAAGACAGUUAUUUGAGAUCAGGCAACCUUGAUUUGAUCCAGUUACCUUGUUCAUUUUUCAAUAUGAGCUACAAUUAUAAAAUUUGAAGUUUAUGCAGAGUUCCAGCGACCUAAUUUUUGUAUAAAGAGCUACAGCUACGAAAUGUUGACUAUAUGCAUAGUCUCAGAUAUAGCAUCGAAUUUGACCAAGCGACUUACUUAUUUGUAUUGAUAAUAACGUAUAGCCUUACAACCACAUUUUAAGAUGCAGACCUAAUUUUUUGACCCUGCGACUUCACUAUUUGUAUUUAUGGCGGCAGCUAUGGAACUUAGUGUAUAUGCACAGUCCAAAAUGCUGUAUCAGUUGACCUACCUUUGCACCAAGUGACACUCUUUUGACUCACCUGAACAUUAUAUGUCUUGCACAGACAUUGUUUCUCCGGUACUCUUUGGCCCUCUUGUUUCGGGUGUAUCUGAUUUAAGAAUUUCAGCCUUUAAGUGGACCUUUGUUCAAAAAUAUACUUAUUGCGCAUGAUCAGUUUCAUGUAUAGUCAGCGGUAGAAUAAAUACAUGUUUGUGUAAUGUAAUUAUUUUGGGAAGCCCACUUAAUUCAUAAAUAUAGGCUAAAGGCUGGUGAUGAGGGACGAAUUAAUUUUCAAUCUAAUAGGAGGAGGUGAUGAUAAAUUUAUCCAAGAUUUACUCUCAGAGGGAUAUUGAAAGUUCACUGACGCCGUAAACUGAUGUAGACCAUGCAGCAGCUCUUGGAAUUGCAGACAUUUAUUCUGGCUCAGCUGUCAAUUUAUAGCCCAACAUAUUGUGAAAAAAGAAGAAAAAAGUAAGCUUGUGGAGGUUUUUUUUUAAUUAAUGAAUAUCUAAAGAUUUUUCUAUUCCAAACCAUAUGAGAAUCGACCAUUGCAGUAGGCGGAGCUUGAUGUUCAGAUUAAGAAACUGCAAUUUGAUUUACAGAAUUAUUUAACUUAAUAGAUAUUGUGCACAAUGUCAAAAUAUAUAGAUAAGUGGAGCACAAAUUUGUAAACCUUGCGGUGAUGAUUCAUUGAAAAGUACAUGAAGGGAUAGAGUGAACUAUACAAAACACAAAAACGUGAACAUUAUUUAAUUGUACUGGAAUGGGCUGCGCAAAUAGUGGAAUUGACUGUGCAAGUACUUGAAUGGGCUGUGCAAGUACUGGAAUAUGCUGUGCAAAUGGGCAGAGCAAAUGCUGAAAUGGGUUGUGUAAAUACUUGAAUGGGCUAUGCAAGUAACGGAAUGGGCUGCGCAAAUACUGGAAUGUGCUUUGAAAAUACUUGUAUGGGCUGUGCAUGCGCUGGUAUGGGCUGUGUAUGUACCGGCAUUGACUGCGCAAAUACUUGAAUUGGCUACGCAAAAACUUGAAUGGGCUGUGCAGGCACUGGUAUGGGCUGUGCAAGUAGUGGUCUGGGCUGUGUAAGUACUGGUAUUGGCUGUGCAAGUACUGGCAGUUGCUGUGCAAAUACAUGAAUUGGCUUUGUACGUACUGGUAUGGGCUGUGUAAGUACUGGUAUUGGUUGUGUUAGUGCUGGUAUGGGCUGUGCUAAUACUUGAAUGGGCUGUGCAAAUACUGACAUUGACUGUGCAAGUACUGGUAUGGACUGUGCAAGUACUGUAAUUUGCUGUACAAAUACUUGAAUGGACUGUGCAAGUACUCGUAUGGGCUGUGCAAAAACUGGCAUUCGCUGCUCAAAAACUUGAAUGGGCUGUGCAAAUACUGGCAUUGACUGUGUAAGUACAGGUAUGGGCUGUGCAAGUACUGAUAUGGACUAUGUAAGCACUGGCAUUGGCUGCACAAAUACUUGAAUGGGCGGUGCAAAUACUUGAAUGGGCUGUGCAAAUACUCGUUUGGGCUGGGUUAGUACUGACAUUGGCUGCGCAUAAACUUGUAUUGGCUGUGCAAGUACUAGUAUGGGCUGUGCAAAUAUUGGUUUGGGCUGUGAAAGUACUGGCAUUGGCUGGGCAAAUACUUGAAGGGGCUGUGCAAAUACUUGAAAGGGUUGUGUAAGCACUGGUAUUGGCUUCGCAAAUACUUGAAUGGGCUGUGCAAGUACUGGUAUGGGCUGUGCAAGAACUGGAAUGAGCUGCCCCAAUACUCAAAUACUGGAAUGGGCUGUGCAAAUACUGGUAUGGGCUGUGCAAGAAUUGAUAAAGGGUGUGCAAGGACAGGUAUGGGCUGUUUAAGUACUAGCAUUUGCUCGGCAAAUACGUGAAUUGGCUGUGCAAAUUCUGGUAUGGGCUAUGACAGUACUGGUAAGGGCUGUGUAAGUACAGGCAUUGGCUGCGCAAAUACUUGACUGGGCUGUGUAAGUACUGGUAUUGGCUGUGUAAGUACUUGUAUGGGCUAUGUAAGUACUGGUAUGGGCUUUGUAAGUACUGGCAUUGGCUGUGGAAGUACUGGUAUGGGCUGUGCAAGUACUGGCAUUUGCUGUGGAAAUACUUGAAUGGUCUGAUAAUUGUCACAUGAAUGUUCAGUAUCACUUUUACUUACCUAUAAUCAUGAGAUAGUUUUAUAUAAAUCAGUUAAGUGUAUCGACAGCUGAAAAUUACACUUAAAAUGAUUAAACAUAAUUCAAUGUAUAUCAUGGGUUAUUUAAACAGUCAUUUUAAUUAAAUAUAUUUGAAAUAUAUUGUUUUAUAUAUACUAUGUAUAUUUAUAAAUUAUUUCAAUGAA